CAUGAAACAUUACCACGAUUCAUCGUAAAGUGACUAAUUAAUGUAUAGCACGCGAUAUGCAUUCGUAUCUUCUCGACACUAUUGUAUAGAAAGUAUAAAAAAAAAUAUCACGUGAAACAAUAGUAAGUGAAUAUUGUGUUUCCGGGAAUUUUUAUAACUGUUUUAUAAAUAUUCAUUCUUUUUAUUGCACCAAUAUGAUUUACUAGAGCAAUUUGAAAAGGACAUUGGUCUUUGGGUUUUGAAAAUACAGAGGAAACUAGCUGCUUUUGAAUGAAAAUAACAUCAACUUUCUUCCGUUCAGUUCGUGUGUACUCUGGACGGUACGUUUCAGGAGAAAGUGAAAAAAAAAUGUCUGGGAGGAAACGGGCGGGUCGACGCUUAAAAGCAGCUGUGAAUCACUGACCUGUUCUGUUUGCUGAGUGUUGAAGACUUCAUCACCAUCAUGGCAGACACACUAGCUGAGACAACACACUGGGGAAAUCUAAAGACAGAAGUUGCAGGAUAUGUUGGGAUAGACACAUUACAGGAACAAAUUAGGAAAAAGGUCCUAAAACGAGGCUUCGAAUUCAACAUUAUGGUGGUUGGUAGAAGUGGGCUAGGUAAGUCGACUCUGAUCAAUACUUUGUUCAAAGCCAAUGUGAGUCUGCGUUCUUGUUCUAAAAGUGAAGAAAAGGUUGAGAUUCCAAAGACAACCCAUGUGAAAUCUGUUAGUCAUGUCAUUGAAGAAAAAGGUGUGAGAUUAAGAUUAACUGUCACAGACACUCCUGGGUUUGGUGAUCAAAUCAAUAAUGAUAACUGCUGGCUACCUGUCUUGGAUUAUAUCAAUGAACAAUAUGAAAACUAUUUAAGUGAAGAACAAAGUGUAACUCGAAAAAAACAUAUUCCUGAUACACGUAUUCAUUGUUGUUUGUACUUCAUAUCUCCCACAGGGCAUUCGCUCUCACCUCUUGAUAUAGAAUUUAUGAGAAGGUUGGACAGAUGUGUCAACAUUGUCCCCGUUAUAGCCAAGGCUGAUACACUUACCAUUGAAGAAAGAGUUGGGUUUAAACAAAGGAUCAAGCAAGACCUUGCAAACAAUGGAAUUCGAACCUAUCCAAUGAAAGAACUUGAAGAAGAUCCAGAGGAGACAGUGACAAACAAUAAAAUUAGGGAAUUGUUACCAUUUGCUGUUGUUGGAAGUAACCAGCAGUAUCCAAACAAUGGAAGAACAGUGUAUGGACGAAAGACACAAUGGGGUCUAGUAGAAGUAGAGAAUAGAAGCCACUGCGAGUUCUCGGAUCUUCGAGAUAUGCUUAUAAGAACUCACAUGCAAGAUCUUGUGGAAGUAACUCGAUCUGUCCAUUAUGAAAACUUCCGACAGGACCGCCUAGCCUCACGUCGAGGACGUACCCAGUUCAAUGGGCAGGUCAUAGAUAUGGACAGUAUGAAUGAGAGUAGUCUGUAAUAUGACCAAGUCCACAUUUAAUGACCUUAAAUUGACACACAAUGUUGAAAGGAACAAACUUUCUCAAGAUUUUAUGAUGGCAUAAAGAAUCCAGUUGGUAUGAGAGUAAAUGGAAUACAAUGAACAAUAUGCAUGUGACAGAAUCAUGCCUCAUUAUAAGUCCAUUUAACUUGUGGCUCAUCUCAUCUGAGUGUUUGUGUUAUUUUGCUCAUAUUUGAAAUCAAAUUUUCCUUUUAUUUUCUAUUGCAUUUCAUGUUUUUGAAUUUUUGUCCCUUUUAAGCAAUUAUGAAAUAAUCUACUGCUUAUUUUGUUUUAAGUAUCCUUUAGAGCCAUUUAAUCUAAAUGUUUACUUACUUGUGAGAGUUUUCUGUUCUAAUUUAGACAUUGUAAAUGAGAGUCUCCAAACAUGUUGUUAUUUUGAAGAUCUAAUAAAUAUGAAGAAUUUUCUAUUUAUUGUAUUAAUCAAGCUAUAAAAUAUCUUUAUUUAACUUAAAACUCUUGAACACAGCUGAAUGAACUUAUGUGAUUAAGGAAGUUUUUUACCAGAUAAAAAACUAAAACUCUGUGAAGUAAACAUAACAUUCAGUUCAUGUUCUAGUUUAUGUAAUACUAGUUCUUACCUAGUCUGUCAUUUCAAAUAUGGAUAGAUGCCACUAGGGUUUAGUGUGUCUUCCAGUUGAUGAGUGUUUACAGCUUCAUGUAACCUUCAUAGUUAUGAGAGGUGUAAAAACCUUCACAAUCAUGAUACAGAAUCUCUGUACAUUUCUCUCAACUUCCAUACAUGUUGGUAACCUAAAGGUGAUAUCUUCUGUUUUUACUUUGAAAAAAAUGCUGUUUUUCUCAGGAAAGUCAGUGAAGUUGUAUAAUCUUUUAACUUAGAAGCUCUAUGACUACAUUGGAUUCCCAGCUAAACCACAUUCGUACAAAAUAAUAUCCUGGUAGCAUUUGGUAUUAGGAAAAGUAGGUUGCUAUUAAUUAUCUUGAUAUUAUUUGCAAGAUUUUAUGAACUCAAAUAUGUAAGUAAUUGUGAAUUUUUCGUUAGUUUCAAGUCAUUUCCAGUGUUUAAGUUGUAAGUCUAACCCCAUUUGAUUAUUCUGUAUUGGCAAUAUUAAUACUAUACUAUAAAAUUUGAAAUGUAUUUGUGUAUAAGAGGUACAAAUUAAUUACCAGAUUUUAGAUGUAUGUGAAUGCUUUUCAUGUGUGAUAAACUCAGAAUUUCUAUAUGUUUGAGAAAUGUCUUCUUUAAAUAUCCUUUCAUAUAAACCUUCCAUAAAAUAUAUAUUAAAUUGCUGAAGCUUGUUGGGAAAAAAUAAAUAGUAAAGUAUCAGUCUUAACUAUUUUUUCCUAUGAAAGUAAAACAUGAAUUUUCCAUUCUGUAUAAAACUUAAAGGUAUAUAUAUUAAAAUGGUUAACUUAAGCUUACAGUGAAUUGAAUAUGAUAUGUAUAAAAAAUCACUUAAAUGUAUGUUUUAUUUUACAGUUUUUACUUAACUAUUUCAAACACUGCACUGAAAUGAAUAAACUGACAACUUUUAAUUUACAGAAGGUGGUAAUAAGUGAAGAAGAUAUUGUCAACAUUGUAGUUUAAAUAAGCAAUAUUAAAGUUUUACUAACCUAGAUAUUUUUUAAAUUAACAAGUGUGCUGUGUUUAAACUGCUGUAGUCUCAAGGUUUUUGUUUUUCCAACAUACUUGUAGCUGGUAAAAUUGGUGUACUGUUGAUUAUAGGUUCCUCUAAUAUAAUUUUAUUUGUAGUCUUAGCUAGUUUUGAGCGAUUGAAAAGACCACUACCAAACUGAGAAAAAUUUGUAUUUUUUGUUUAAUUUUCAGUCAAGAUUCUCUCUAUUUAUUAACUUUUUUUCAGUAUCAACUUGCAAGUGACAUGCUAGUCAGUCUAAUAAAAUUAACAUAUUUAAAUGCUAUGGGUACAAUUGUUAUUGGGUCUGAUUUCAUCUAAUAGUUUAUUCUUUGAUUACCAAGGUCCUUGUUACCCAAUAGUUUUAAGCUCUUUUUUUUUCUAGAAAUAACAGAUAAUUCAUGAAGGUAAUUGUGUAGCGUAUGUCCACAGGAAUUGAAGAUUUUUUCAACAAAUGUUGGAAUUAAUCUUGAUUGAAAGAAAUUAGAGCUUUGUCAGUGAAGAAUGGAAUGAAUGAUCUGCCUAAGAAACAUGAAUGAAGAAUGAGAUUUCAUUGCUGAUAUUUAAACCUGAAGAAGAUUCUCACCAGUGCAAAAUAUCCUCCGUUUCAAAAACUUUAUGAAAUUUGUUAUCUGUUUGUUGUAAUUGUUUUUUUAUGUUUAUUUUUCCAUUGUGUGUUUUGUUGAAUUUAUACAGGGAUUACAGUGUUUUAUUAACUUUAGAUUUUAAAGAUAUCUUUCCAGAGGUGGACACCAUUUCUGCAUCAUCCAGCUUUAAUUAAGCAGAAUUUGAGGAACCAUCAUACUAUUUAGAAAUAAAAUAUUUUGGCUGACACAUUAGAAAAAGUUCUGUUUGGUAGGAUAAAGAAUGAAUAAUGAUGUUGAGUAUUUGUUUUUCAGUAGUUUUAAAAGUACUUAAGGUUUUAUAAAAUUUGUGUUUACCUUAUAGAACAAAAUACUACUGGUGUUAAUUUUCUUGCAUUAGGUAUUUUUAUGUUCUAAUAAAUUGCUAUAAACA